AAUGGAAGGAGAUGGGUCAAAUGCCCUAGGGAAGUGCUUGAGUGGGUUGGUGGACGAUGGUAGCACCGAGAGUCAUCGGUACUACCUGUCUCGGAGAACCGUGCUGGAGAUGCUCAGGGACAGAGGCUAUGCCGUAAUCGAACUUUCUCUUCAGGAAUUUCGUAACAUUCUUGGCCAAACCCCUGAUUUUGAUUCUCUCAGACUCUCUGUUGCUCAUAAAAGCGACCCUUCCGAGCGGAUGCUGGUUGUUUUCUAUGGGCCAGGUAUGGUUAAAGUUGGUGGGAUUCGGCUCAUUGCUGGUCUAAUUACUAGCAAAGAAAGUUUGUCUGGGUUGAUAUUAAUCGUGCAAAACCAUAUGAAAAACCAAGCUUGGAAAGCUCUAGACCAUUUCUCAUUUAAGGUGGAGAUAUUCCAGUUGCAUCCCUGUGAUGAUCGUUUUUUCUCAAAUUAG